ACAAAUGGAAGACAAGCUGUUUUUUUUCUUCAAGAAAUUACAGUAACUGUAAAGAUUUGCCAGGUGCGGUAAAACGCCUAAUGAGACAUUCUCUGUUGCCCUGAUGGCUACGGAAUUUUUCUAAAGAGUAAUUUUGUUGCAUCAUUUUUAAAUAUCGAGAAAAGUGACAGACAAGUCACUGAUCAGAAGGGUUCCUCGUGUGGGUCUGUUUGCGGUUUCCUUCUACCUACCAAGAGCUUGUCUGCAUUUUUUUUUGAAUACUCUAUAACAUUUGAAAGGAAAUAAUUUAACGGCUAAAGGAAAGCUCCUCUGAAAAAGAAGCCUGUUGGACAAAUACCAGGUUUUAUUUAAUCUUUCUAGCACUUUGGUCUUAUUUCUGAAACUUCACCGGGUAUACAUAAGCAGGAUGGAGAAAGGGUGACGUGAGGAGCAGCUGUGGAUGGUGUUGUACAGAUUGCAAUUUCAAACCAGUCGCAGAUGUUAUGUUUUAGAGCUGGUGUCAGAGAACGAGCAGAGGUGAAGGAUCAUCAUUGUCCUGAUUGGAACUGGCAGCCCAAAGAUUGACAAAUGAUGUCUCAGGGCUUUGGAAAAAGCCCCUUGCACCCUUCAAAACUGUAGCUGCUGUGUGAGAUAAUGGAAGGUAUUUGGAUCAACAGAUAUCGGAAGCAACUGGUAAAAUCCAUCAGCGGGCCCUUUCUGGAGACUAUAAUCCGUUACAUGAAGAGGCAGGAUUUGAUCAGUGCUGAAGAAGUGAAUCAGAUUCAGGAACUGAGUACCCUAUCAGACAAAGUAAAGGCAGUCAUUGAUGUUCUAGCUGGUAAAGGGAACACAGCCUCUGAAUCGCUGCAGACCUUUAUAGAAACCACUAACUCGCAGCUGUAUCUUUCCAUUACCAUUUAUGAGCCAAUGGUACAGAAACAUAUCGAGGUUUUGCAGAACAAGUUUGGGAGUGGGAAUGACAUCAGUGCAAUGUGUGAGAAGUCCUCCCUGGAAAGACUGACCAAUCUCCUGCUCAUUGAUGGGCUGACGGACAUCCAACAGAAAGAACAUGAUGUGAUGCAAACUGAGGCCACCAGAGGGAUGAAGAACAGCCCAAGACAUACCCCGUUGGAAAGGCUGUUCCUUCCCCUUUCAAAGGUUAACAUCCCGCCACGUAUUUCAGUAACAGUUGGGGUGGCUGGAAUUGGUAAAAGCACUUUGGUGAAAAUAUUGGUGUACAAAUGGCUGAAGGGAGAGUUGUACAGAGAUGUAACUUUCAUAUUCCCCUUCAUGUUUCGAGAACUGAACUCCUUUGAAAGAAUAUCUGCAGAAAAGCUGCUCAAGUUGACCUUUCCCCACAUCACUGAAACCAACCACAUCCUGAAUGGGACAGCAAAGGUGGUGCUUAUCUUUGAUGGUCUGGAUGAGUUCAAGUAUCCACUGGAGUUUUCAAACUCCCAGAUAUGCACUGACCCAAAAAAAGACAUCCAGAUCGACAACUUAAUCACCAACAUAAUACGGGGUACCAUCUUUUCCCAGGCAACUGUAUGGAUCACUUCACGCCCAACAGCAGCAAGUCAAAUUCCAACUGGACUUGUGGACAGAAUGACAGAACUCAGGGGCUUUGGGGAAUUGGAAAUUAAGGACUUCUUGGAAACACUCUUUGAAGAAAGAACAAUGGCAAUGCAGGUCUUUCUGUGUAUAAAGGCCCAUAAAUCGCUCCACAUAAUGUGCUCUGUCCCGUCCUUUUGUCUGAUGAUUGGGCUGUCCCUUGCAUACUACCUCAGAAUCAGUAAUGAUGGUCUUAAGACUGGAAAUUUCCCAAGGACGAUGACAGAAAUCUAUACGUACUUUUUCAAAAUGAUUCUCAAUGGGGACUGGCAGGAAAAGGAACAGGAGGCACCGAAGAUUGAGCAAACAUUCAGUAAUAACAAGAAACUAAUUAUUAACCUAAGUAAGCUGGCAUUUUAUGGGUUAAUCAAGCGGAAGUUUGUUUUCUAUGAACAGGACAUGAAGGCAUUUGGCAUCGACCUCACUUCACUACAAGGGAGCAUGUGUACUGGGAUCUUCAGCAAGGAUGACUCCAAUAUCUGUACAGUUUACUACUUUACACACAUAACCAUACAGGAGUACCUAGCCGCCAUUUAUUAUUACACAGCAGCCAAAAGGGCCAUAUUUGACCUCUUCACUGACAGUGCUAUGUCUUGGCCCAAGAUAGGCUUCCACAACCAUUUUAAGAAUGCAAUCAGUAAGUCCCUUCAGUCAGAAGAUGGUCAUUUGGACAUAUUUGUGCGAUUUCUUUCUGGGCUGCUCUCACCAGAAGUGAAUGGAUUGCUGCAGGGCCUGCUCCUGACAAAGGAUGAGCAAAACAGCUACCGAGCACCAGUGAUGCACCACUUGCAAUGCUGCCUCAACACCAACUACAUCAUCUCCUCACGAACGGUCAACAUAAUGCACUGCCUCAAUGAGCUGCAGCAUACUGAGAUUGCAAAAGGGGUGGCAGAUGCCCUACGAACAGGGAGUCUGGCUGGGAGACUGACACCCAUAAACUGCUCUGCUCUGGCCUAUCUCCUGCAGGUAUCUGAGGAAUGCAUGGAAGAGACCAAUCUCUCCAACUGCCUGAGCUAUAACAUCUUCAAGAGCUUGCUCCCCCGUCUACUGUAUUGCCACAACCUCAGGCUGGAAAACAACCAGUUCAAGGACAAUGUGAUGGAUCUACUGGGCAGCUUGUUGAGUGCUAAGGACUGCCAGAUUAAAAAGAUUAGUUUAGCUGAAAACCUAAUUGGCAACAAAGGAGCAAAAGCAAUUGCUCGGUCAUUGAUGGUGAACAGGACUCUGGCUGCAUUAGACCUUAGGAGCAAUUCAAUUGGUCCCAAAGGAGCAAAAGCAUUUGCUGAUGCCUUGAAGAUAAACCAGGGUUUGGUCUCAUUGAAUCUUCAGAAUAAUUUUGUGGCUGAAGAUGGGGCAAAGUUCACCGCAGAAGCUCUUCAUGUGAAUCGCAAACUAACUGUAUUAAACCUUCAAAAGAAUUCCAUUGGCCAUGAAGGUGCCAAGCGGAUUGCAAGUGCCUUAAAGCAUAAUGGGAUCUUAAAGGAACUCAUUUUGUCCAGCAACAGCAUUGGUGAUAUUGGAGCUACUGCCAUAGCUGAAGCCUUGAAAGUGAACAGAAGCCUCACAACACUCAACCUCCAGAGUAAUUCCAUAAGUAACAAUGGUGCCACUGCCCUAACCGCAGCUCUCAAAUUGAAUGAAGGCCUCAUCAACCUGAACCUUCGAGAAAAUUCUAUUGGCCUCAAUGGUGCAAGGGAAAUUGCGAAUGCACUACGUGUGAACAAGGUGCUUAGGACCUUGGAUUUAACAGCGAACUUGUUACAUGAUGAAGGAACAGCAGCAAUUGCUUCAGCUAUUCGAGAGAAUCAAACUCUCUCCUCUCUGCAUCUUCAGUGGAACUUCAUCAGUUCAGAAGCUGCAAAAGCUUUAGCUCAAGCACUACAGUCCAAUCACAGCAUAACCAGCCUUGACCUUCAGGAAAACAGCAUUGGAGAUGAAGGGAUCAUCGCUCUUUCAGCUGCACUCAAAAAUAACUCAGUGCUGACCUCUUUGUACCUACAGGGGACGUCAGUGAGUGUGAGAGGUGCAAAGGCCUUGGCUGAUGCUUUGCUGGUGAAUAACAGCUUGACAACUCUGGAUCUCCGAGGAAACAUGGUGGGUGUAGCUGGGGCAAAGGCGAUCGCUAACGGUUUGAAAGUCAACAACAGCCUCCAAACUCUCAACCUUCAAGAAAAUUCCUUGGGACUUGAUGGGGCAAUGUGCAUUGCAAUUGCUUUGAAAUACAACCGCAGCCUCAGCCACAUCAAUCUCCAGGGCAACAGGAUUGGAGAAUCGGGAGCAAAGGUCAUCGCUGCUGAAAUAAGAAGCAAGUCACCGCAAUGUGUUGUUGAAAUAUGAACUAAGAAUAGUCUGUAUUGGAAUCCAAGCAGUAUUGACCGGCUCAGAGUACCAUCUUCCUUCCCUAACACAUUCCAUUGCACUCAAAUGCUUCGUACAUUUUGAGUUGAUCACUGGACAGGCCAUGAUGUCUCUGCUAGGUGGGCACAGUGUGGUGAUCCCCAUUUCUUCAGACUUUCUGGGACAUAUGCAGAAGGUGGUGUCCACCUCUUUCCCCCCACUAUAAAAAACCACACACAGAUACUAAUGAGUAUAAGGAUGUUCCCAUUGACAGGAGUGGAUAACAUCAUUGAAGUGACUACACAUGAAAUAAUUAUUUCAAAUUCAAACCCUGUGAAAAGGUUAACCUAACAUUGUCCCAAAUGCAGCCUAUAACAACAUUUUGUUUUCUGUUUUCACCUGUCUGAAUAAUUUAACUUAUUGGACUGGGCACUGUAUGACUGGUGCUGAUGCUGUUUGUAGCCCCAUGGCAUCAAAAGCAUAGGAACAGUGUUUUAACACCACAAACCCAAUAAGGUUGUCAUAGAGCAGAAUUGUGGUUAAUUAUCAUUCAUAAAUAAAUCCAAAGGACUAUUUCCCAUGAUCAGCAGUAAUGUUAAGACAAGUUAAACCAUAUGGCGAUCUGAAUUUUUCUUGGAUUAACUUAUAUAGGAAAAACAGGGAGAAAGAAUAUAAAGAGUAUCAUUUUAAAAAUUGAGGGGGGGUAGUGGAAGAGCAGUGGGAACUGGGGCUAUAUGUACACAUCAUUGAAAGUGGCAGGGUAAGAAUGUCAUUAAUGAAGCAUCAAGAUUCUGGCUUUAUAGAUAGAGACAUCGGUUGAAAAAUACAAGGAGAAAUGAAAAACUUGUGUGAAACACUGGUCAGCCUCAACUGGAGUAUUGUGUCCAAUCCUGGGCAUCACACUUUAGGAAGGAUUUGACAACAUUUAGAGGGGGUGCAGAAGCUGAGGCUGUUCUCCUUGUGAGAAGAUUGAGAAGAGAUGUGGUAUUGAGACAUUAAAAACUCACUAGACACAUUAGAAGCUGAUUGUAUUUGUAGAAAAGUCAAGAUCCAAAUUUAAGGUGAUUGGCAAGAAAAACAAGGAAAAGCUUUUUUAUACACAGUUACGCUCAGAAUUCACUGCCUGAUAGUGUGGUAGAGGCAGAUUCAAUUGUGGCUUUCAGAGAAGAAUUGGAUCAAUAUCUGAAGGGAAAACAAUGUCAGGAAGAAGGGCAAAAGAUGAGGGAAUUGCUCUGCAGGGAACCAGCAAGGACGUGAGAGGAAUGGCUUUCUCCUUUCUUAUGACCAUUUUGUCAGUCCAUUGUAAACAAAUAUGUUCUCUAACUCCUCAUGGACAAGAUCCACAAGUUUGAGUAUUGCAGACAUUUGCUGUAAUCCUCUGGUCUAUCAGAAGCCAGUUUGUGAUUUGGUUUCCAUCUUCUUCCAUUAAUUAUUGCAACUUUUUGUAAAACUCAGCAUGACCAGUUAUUGUUUGAGGCUGUGCAGAGUAGCAGUGAGUAGGUAGGAGGUUUUGAUAACAAUAGUUUUGUAUGUGUAUAUAUAUUAUUUACAAUAUAAGGAAGAUUUUACAGUGUAAAGUUUUAUUUAUCUCUUUUUUUUUUCAGAAAAUGCACCAAUAAAACAAAUUCAGCAUUGAAGUGUGAGGGUGGUGGGAUGAUGAUGGUAUUCAAUUUCUGCCUCUCAGCUCAAGCUGCUGUGACUCCAGUGCUAAAACUGUGUUUGUUUCUGCCCCAUACUCCUUGUGUGAAAUCUUUCUACUUUACACUGUUCUGCUUGUGAACAGGGAACUGUUAGUUCUGUUGGCUAGUAUGUGGUUCACACUCAAAUGGCAUGGAAUUGAUUCCCAUUUUUUGCAGAGAUAGACUUGGGACCUGUCUCCUAUCUUGCCACCAACAGUAGAAGGCAAUGCCAAAACAUGACCAAAAAAAUUGUCAAAGGAUUGGCUAAGGUCAAAGCAUGAGCAAACAAUGAGCCAAGCACCUGCUUUCAGACAUAGCACUCAUACAAUCAUGUAUUCAAGGACUGGUGCUGAGUCCACUAUUGUUUGUCAUUUUAUAUAAGAAUAUAGGAAGCAUGGUUAUUAAGUUUGCGGGUGACACCAAAAUUGGUGAUAUAGUGAACAGUGAAGAAGGUUAUCUAAGAGUGCAACGGGAUCUUAAUCAGCUGGGUCAAUGGGCCAAGGAGUGGCAGAUCGAGUUUAAUUUGGAUAGGAUAAAUGCAACGUGUUGCAUUUUGAUAAGACAAACUUGGGCAGCACUUACACAGAUAAUAGUAGGAGCCUUGAGAAACGGAGACCUAAGGGUUCAUGUACAUUUGUCAGAGCAUUGAGCAUUGGAAUGUUGCGGCUGUACAGGAUAUUGGUGGGACCAUUUUUGGAAUACUGUGUACAGUUCUAGUUGCCU